CCGGGCCGCAUCGGACGCCCCGGAGUCCGGCCACGAUGCUGCGUUUGGCUGCUUUUGCAGCUGUGCUGCUGUUCUUCAGGGUCACUCUGGAACUGUCCUGGGCCCAGGCCAUCCCUGCUCUCUUCGUCUUCUAUCUGGCAUCCGGUGGAUGGGACUUCUUCCUCGUAUUCCUCAAGACAGUUCCAAGGGACGUCAGCACGGGGCUGGUCCUGUUGCGGGUGAAGUGGCAGGUAUGGAGGCACGUGAGGGAGAAGAACACAAUCGCCAAGAUCUUCCAGAAGACGGCGAGGAAGUAUCCAGAGAAGACAGCGCUGAUCUUCCAAGGCACAGGCGAGAGCUGGACCUUCCGUCAGCUGGACGAGUACUCCAACCAGGUGGCCAAUUUCUUCUAUGGCCAAGGCUUCCGCUCGGGUGACGUGGUGGCGCUUUUCAUGGAGUCCCGCAAUCAGUACGUGGGGCUGUGGCUGGGCCUGGCCAAGAUCGGCGUGGAGACAGCCCUCGUGAAUUCCCACCUGCGCUUGGAGGCCUUGCUGCACUGCAUCACCAUCUCCAGCUCCAAAGCUGUGGUUUUUGGGGUGGAAAUGAUGGAAGCAAUGCAGGAAGUGCAGACCUCCUUGGAUAAAUCCAUCCAGCUCUUCUGGUCUGGGGAAGAAAAUCCUAAAUCCGUGCUUCCUGGUGCAAAACACCUGGACCCCCUCCUGCAGAUGGCCCAGCGACACCAGCCAGCUCCCCCUAAUAAGGGCUUUCUUGAUAAACUCUUCUACAUCUACACCUCUGGCACGACAGGGCUGCCCAAGGCUGCCAUUGUGGUGAACUGCCGGUUCUUCCGCAUGUCCAGCUUAGUUUUUUACGGUUUUCGGAUGAGGUCCGACGAUGUGAUGUAUGACUGCCUCCCGCUCUACCAUGCUGCAGGGAACAUCGUGGGGAUUGGGCAGUGCCUGCUGCAGGGCAUGACGGUUGUCAUCCGCAAGAAGUUCUCAGCCUCACACUUUUGGGAGGACUGUGUGAAAUACAACUGCACGAUUGUGCAGUACAUCGGGGAGAUCUGCCGCUACCUGCUGAACCAGCCAUACCAGGACGCGGAGCGGCAGCACCGGGUGCGCAUGGCCCUGGGCAAUGGGCUGCGGGCCUCCAUUUGGAGGGAGUUCAUGGCCCGCUUUGGCAUCACCCAGGUGGCCGAGUUCUACGGGGCCACCGAGUGCAACUGCAGCCUGGGAAACUUUGACGGCAACGUUGGGUCAUGCGGCUUCAACAGCAGGAUCCUACCAGGUGUGUACCCCAUUGGCUUGGUGAAGGUGGACGAAGACACUAUGGAGCUGAUCCGGGGACCGGAUGGUGUCUGUAUCAGCUGCAAACCAGGGGAGCCAGGGCAGCUGGUGGGUCGCAUUGUCAGGAGCAAUCCCCUGCAGCACUUCGAUGGCUACCUGAAUCAGUCGGCCACCAACAAGAAAAUUGCCAGAGAUGUGUUUACAAAAGGGGACGCUGCCUAUCUCACAGGGGAUGUCCUGGUGAUGGACAAGUAUGGCUACAUGUACUUCCGAGACCGCACCGGGGACACGUUCCGGUGGAAAGGGGAGAACGUCUCCACCACGGAGGUGGAGGGAACCCUGAGCCGCAUCCUCAACCUGACAGACGUGGUGGUUUAUGGUGUGGAGGUCCCAGGGAUUGAAGGGAGGGCAGGAAUGGCAGCCAUUGCUGACCCAGAGAACUCCUGUGACCUAGAAGACUUUUCCAGCAAGCUGAAAAAGGCCCUGCCACUGUACGCACGUCCUGUCUUUCUGCGGUUCCUGCACGAAGUCUCCAAGACAAGCACUUACAAGUUCCAGAAGAUGGAGCUGCGGAAGCAGGGCUUUGACCCCACGCUGGUGAAGGACAGGUUGUAUUUUCUGGACUCCAGGCAAGGCUGUUACCUGCCACUGGACCAAGCAGCGUUCAACAGAAUCCAGUCGGGAGCCCAGAAGCUGUAACUGUGGUGGUGCUCCCAUGCCAUGGGAGGGCAUGGCUCUGGCCAGUUAAGGAAGAACGGGGUGCCCCUGCCAUUCCACUUUGCUUUUCCUGUCUUUCCCUACCUUUUCCUGCCUGCAGCAACCCUUCCUUGUGAAGGCCAUGAAGAGACCAGUGCUGGCCUCUUCCCCACUCCUCUACCACCAGCCCCUCCUUGGCACGGGGACCCGGCUGGCAGAGGGAAGGUGGGUGCCAGGCACAACCCCUUCCUUCUGCUCAGCCUUGCUCGUGUUGUGUGUCUGCUGUGAAUCAGGGGAGCAGGGUAGUGUUGGGCUCAGGAGGGGGACAGGGGUGUGUUUCUGCCAUGCCUUUCUCUCUCCUGGGGAUGACAUUUCUAUUUUUCACAAUCACACGCACAUUAUAUUAUAUUAUAUUAUACAUAUAUAUAUAUGUGUGUGUGUAUAUAUACAUAUAUAUGUAUGUAAUACACGCUUUUUUUUUUUUUUCAAUCUUAAUUUAUUGUCUGUACUUUUGAAUGUGUCCCGGGUUUGUGCAGUAGGUGGAGGGAUAGCCCAGACCUGUCCUCUCUUGGAGAAUCCUUUUCUCUCGCAGGGAGGUGGGAUGCUCAUCUGAGACUGAUUCUCCUCUUCCAGCGUGGGUGCAACUGUAAAUGUCCUUGUGGCCUUGCUCCAUGGUGGAGGACAUGAGCAAAUCCCACUGUCUUGUGGACACUUCUCUGGGUCUUUUACUUCCAUCUUUUGUGGAUGCAGCAUUGUUUUGUGAAUCUUCUUCCUUGCAGAAAGCAAGUGGGAGAGUGGGAAGAAGGGCCCAGUUGCCUUUGCUUAGAUGUACUCAGGAGGUAGUUUGCCUGGGGAGAGAACGUCCUCUGGAGGAUGGCCUCUGUGAGAGCCUGACUUCAUGUGCUCUGCAUCCCUUCCCAAAAGAGCCCUCCCUGUCUCCAGCACCGGAGCAGGGCCCUGAACUGAAAUGUCCGUGUGAAAUAUCUGACUUGUGCUAUGUGAAUUCCCCAAGUUGUGUCUGACAUGAAACAACCUCAGCUGCGAUGUUUGAUUCCAGUCUUCAGAAAACAAGCAGAAAUUUCUCUUCCAGAGAAAACUCUGGGUUGGGUUGCUUUUUGGUUUGUUUUUUUUUUUAAUAAUUUGUUUUUAUGCUUUUAGCAGGGUUACUCCUUAAAAUGACAUCUGUCUUUUGUGAGGGCAGGAUGUGUCUGUUCUUCUAGCUGUGCUUCCACUCCAACGUACCUGCCUGCCCCAAUCCGUCCCAGUCUCACAAUUAAACACAAGUAUGGGCCUA